UUGGUCUGGCUACGCCCCUUCUCAGAAACUAGCCUGGGUAAGAACUGUUGAGAGUAAGUGUUCUUUUAAGGAAUAAAUUAGGAAGUGGUAAUAAAGAAAUUUUAAUUUGUUGCCUUAUACAAAAGAAUUGUGCUUUGACAGUGUUUCCAGAGUGCUUUUCCCCCCUCAUUUUCCUAACAGCUAAAUGCAUAUGAAGCAGAAAACUGUGUAUCAACAAACUCAAGCACUUUUGUGCAAGAAUUUUCUUAAGAAAUGGAGGAUGAAAAGAGAGAGCUCAUUGGAAUGGGGGUUCCCAAUACUUGUAGGACUUUAUAUGGGCACAUUUUUAUUUUUCAAAGAAAAUGUGCAUUUUCCUGAAAUACCUUCCCAGGAUCUGGGAAGGGUAGAUAAAUUUAAUAGCUCUUCUAUGAACCUUAUAUAUACACCGAUCUCUAAUAUAACCCAGCAGAUUAUGAAUAAAACGGCAUUUGCUCCCUUUUUGAGAGGAAGAAGAAUCACUGGGGUACCAAAUCAAAAAUACAUGGAUAAAAUGCUUCUAGACGAUUUCCCAUAUGCAGUGGGAGUCAUCUUUAAUGACACUUUCUCUUAUAAGUUAGAAUUUUAUCAGGGAUAUGGCCUUACAAUUUUGAAGGAAGAUCUUUACCCAGCUCAGUGUGGGGAUAUAGCUAAUGAAUUUUCAUGUUCACUGGCCAAAUACUGGGCUACCGGAUUCCUGACUUUGCAAACUGCGAUUAAUGCUGCUAUUAUACAAAUCACAACAGAUCACUAUGUGAUGGAGGAGUUGAUGUCAGUUACUGCUAUAAAUAUGAAGACAUUACCCUUUAUUUUUAAAGAGAACCUUCACAAUGAGAUGUUUAUUUUCUAUUGCUUGGUUUACUUCUCCCCAUUUAUAUAUUUUUUAUCACUCAAUGUUACAAAAGAGAGAAAAAAGUAUAAGGAUUUGAUGAAAAUGAUGGGUCUACAAGAUUCAGCAUUCUGGCUCUCCUGGGGUUUACUGUAUGCAGGCUUCAUCUUCAUUACUUCCGUAGUCAUUGCACUCACCAUAACAUCCACCCAAAUUAUAGUCAUGACGGGCUUCAUGGUUAUAUUUGCUCUGUUUUUCAUAUAUGGCUUAUCUUUGAUAGCUUUGGCAUUCCUGAUGAGUGUGUUGUUAAAGAAAACUGUCCUCACCAGUUUGGUCGUGUUUCUCCUCACUCUCUUCUGGGGAGGUGUGGGAAUCACUGCAUUUUAUGAAGAACUUCCUUCACCUUGGGAGUGGAUUUUCAGUAUUUGUAGCCCCUUUGCCUUCACUGCUGGAAUUAAGCAGAUUAUCCGCCUGGAUUAUAAUAUGUAUGGUAUGAUUUUUCCUGAUGCUUCAGGAGGCUCGUAUAUAAUGAUAGCAACUUUUUCCAUAUUGGCUUUUGAUGCUUUUUUCUACUUGGUGUUGGCGUUAUACUUGGACAAAAUCUUACCCUAUGGAAAUGAGCGCCGUUACUCUCCAUUAUUUUUCCUGAGCUCGUCAUCUUGUUUCCAACACCAAAGGACUAGUAACAAAAUCAUCGAGAAAGAAAUAGAUCCUGAGCACCCUUCUGACGAUUAUUUUGAACCAGUUCCUCCAGAAUUCCAAGGGAGAGAAGCCAUCAGAAUCAGAAAUGUUAAAAAAGAGUAUAAAGGAAAGACUGGAAAAGUGGAAGUAUUGAAAGGGUCAGUGACCAUCUAUAAUAAAAAUCCCUCUGAAAUGCAAGACUUGGAGGAAAUCCAAAUGAUAACUGGUGUUUGUCCUCAACGCAAUGUUCAAUUUGACACACUCACUGUGAAGGAAAACCUCAGGCUGUUUGCUAAAAUAAAAGGGAUUCAGCCACAGGAAGUGGAACAAGAGGUUCAAAGAAUUUUAUUGGAAUUGGACAUACAGAACAUUCAGGAUAGUCUUGCUGUACAAUUAAGUGAAGGUCAGAAAAGGAAGCUGACCCUUGGGAUUGCCAUUUUAGGAGAUCCUCAGAUUUUACUGUUAGAUGAACCAACUGCAGGAUUGGAUCCCUUUUCAAGACAUCGAGUAUGGAGCUUCCUCAAAGAGCACAAAGCAGACCGCGUGAUCCUCUUGAGUACACAUUUCAUAGAUGAAGCUGAUGUUCUGGCUGAUAGAAAAGUGAUCAUGUCCAGCGGGAGACUGAAGUGUGCAGGCUCCUCCGUCUUUUUGAAGAGAAGAUGGGGUCUUGGAUAUCACUUAAGUUUGUACAGAAAUGAAACAUGUGAUCCAGAAAAAAUAACAUCCUUCAUUAAUCAUCACAUCCCUGAUGCUAAACUGAAGACAGAAAGCAAAGAAAAGCUUGUGUAUACUUUGCCUGUGGAAAGGACAAAUAAGUUUCCAGACCUGUUCAGUGAUCUUGAUAAGGGUUCUGGCCAGGGUGUGAUGAGUUAUGACGUUUCCAUGUCAACUCUGAAUGAAGUCUUUAUGAAACUUGAAGGAAAAUCAACUACCGAACAAGAUUUUGAACAGGCAGAGAUGAUAAGGGACACAGGAAGCCAACAUGAAAUGGAGCCAGCGUGCUUUUCUCUCCCUGAAACGCAGAAGGCUGUGAGUGGCAUGCGUCUCUGGAGGAUGCAGUUCUGUGCAAUUGCACGGCUCCGUUUCUUAAAGUUAAAACAUGGAAAGAAAGCACUUUUGACCCUACUGUUCGUAUUUGGGAUUGCAAUGCUCCCUUUGAUUGCGGAAAGGAUACAUUAUGCUGUAUUAAGUCAGAAGACUUCUUGGGAGUUUAAACCUGAAUUGUAUUUCCUCUCUCCUGGACAACUUCCCCAAGACCUUCGUACCAGCUUAUUGAUCAUCAAUAAUACUGAAUCAGACAUUGAAGAUUUUAUACAAUCACUGAAGCAUCAAAAUAUCCUUUUGGAAAUAGAUGACUUUGAAAAUAGAAAUGGCACUGAUGACCCAUCUUACAAUGGAGCUAUCAUAGUUUCUGGUAAACAAAAAGCUUAUAGAUUUUCAGUUGUGUGCAAUACCAAGAGACUGCACUGUUUUCCUAUUCUUAUGAAUGUUAUCAGCAAUGGGCUACUUCGAAUGUUUAAUCAUACACAAUGUAUUCGAACCGAGAGAAGCUCAUUUCCUUUUAUUUAUGCACCGUUCUGGACUGGGCUGCCAGAGGGCUCCUUUUUCUUGUUUUUUGUUGUGUGCAGCCUGUCUCCUUACAUCGCCAUGCACAGUGUGAGUGAUUACAAAAGGAGAUCUAAGUCCCAGCUGUGGAUUUCCGGCCUCCACGCUUCUGCUUACUGGUGUGGGCAGGCACUGGUGGAUGUCAACCUCUACAAUUUUAUUCUCCUUUCAAUGUAUUUAACUUUCUACGUAGUAAACCUGCUGCCCAUUUAUCUCACAAGUCGAAUUGUGUUUGCUUUCGCUGUGAUUACAUUUGGCUAUGCAGCUUCUCUUGUCUUCCUGACGUAUGUGAUAUCAUUUAUCCUUCGUGAGAGGAGAAAAAAUAGUGGCCUUUGGUCAUUUUGCUUCUAUAUUAGCGCGGUCAUCGUGUUUAGCAUCCUGGCUGAAUUUGGCUCACUGCCUAUCUGGAUUGUUGGCAUGAUAUUAGUGCCCUCAAUGACCUUGGGCGGAUUUGUAGUUUUCUUGGAAGAGAGAGCUCACAAAAGCGAAAUAAAUUAUCCAGACCCAAAUUAUGAUCUGAAUGCAGCUGAUCUUCUAGUAUGCCUAAUACCUUACUUUCAGGCUUUGCUGUUCAUUUUUGUUCUAAGAUGCUUGGAAAUAAAGUGUGGAAAUAAAAUAAUGCAAAAGGAUCCUGUUUUCAGAAUUUCCCCGAAAAGUAGAGAUGCUCGACCAAAUCCAGAAGAACCUGUAGAUGAAGAUGAAGACGUUCAAACAGAAAGAAUAAGAACAGCCACUGCCCUGACCACUUCAAUAGAGGAGAAACCAGUCAUCAUUGCUAGCUGUCUGCACAAAGAAUAUGCAGGCCAGAAGAAGAGUUGCUGUUCAAAGAGGAAGAAGAAAACAGCAGUGAGAAAUAUCUCCUUCUGUGUUAAAAAAGGUGAAAUUUUGGGAUUACUAGGACCUAAUGGUGCUGGUAAAAGUUCAUCAAUUAGAAUGGUAUCUGGGAUCAUGAAGCCCACAGCUGGAGAGGUGGAACUGACAGGAUAUGAUUCAGUUUUGGAUCUUCGGGGGGACGGCAGGGUCAAGUUCCUGGGGUACUGCCCUCAGGAGAACGUGCUGUGGCCCACGCUGACAGCGAGGGAACAUCUGGAGGUGUUCGCUGCCGUGAAAGGGCUGAGGAAAGCGGACGCCACCGUUACUAUUUCACGAUUGGUGGAAGCUUUCAAACUGCAUGAACAGCUGAAUGUUCCAGUGCAGAAAUUAAUGGCAGGAGCCACUAGAAAGUUGUGCUUUGUGCUGAGCAUCCUGGGAAAUCCACCCAUCCUGCUUCUGGAUGAACCGUCUACCGGCGUGGAUCCAACAGAGCAGCAGCAAAUGUGGCAGACGAUCCAGACAGCCAUUAAAAACACGGAGAGGGGUGCCCUCCUGACUACCCAUCACAUGGCAGAGGCCGAGGCCAUCUGUGACCGCGUGGCCAUCCUGGUGUCUGGAAGGCUGAGAUUCAUCGGCUCCAUCCAACACCUGAAAAACAAACUUGGCAAAGAUUACAUUCUUGAACUAAAAGUGAAGGAAACUUCUCAGGCGGCUUUGGUCCACACUGAGAUUCUGAGGCUUUUCCCACAGGCUGCAACGCAGGAAAGGUAUUCCUCCUUCUUGGCCUAUAAACUGCCCAUGGAGGAUGCUCACCCUCUUUCUCAGGCCUUUCACAAAUUAGAGGCGGUGAAACGUAACUUUAACCUGGAAGAAUACAACCUCUCUCACUGCACAUUGGAAAAGGUAUUCUUGGAGCUUUCUAAGGAGCAAGAGCCGGGAGAUUUUGAUAGAGAGGUGGAUACAACAGUGAGAUGGAAACUCCUCCCUCAUUCAGAGGACCCUUAGCACUUCAAGCCUGAUACUUCUUUGCGGAUGUCGUAUAAGCCUGUGUCAUGUGCAAUAAUUAGCAGAAUUGUAAUUAGAAAAUUAUGAACACCAAUAUUAGUAUAUUUGUAUAUUUAAUCAACAAAUGAAUAAAUUUAAAAAUUAUGCUUCCCCUCAAAUUUAGAGGUGAUGGACGAUCUGUGAUAAAGGCAGUAGCACAAAGUACUAGCAAAUAUACCUGAGGAGCCAGGCAUAGGGGGUUGUGAAAAUAAAACCGCAAAGUUGAAGUUUUUUUAAAUACGACUUUUUAAGAAAUAUGACAUUAUUAAACUUCGCUGCUCACCUGUGUGAGGGAUGUAUUCAACAGCUAUAGCUGCAUGAUUGUUGCACAACAGUUUGUGAUUCAUUGGAUACAUGAGUUUGCUUUAAUACACAAAUACAAUCCAAGGGUCUUCCUCUGAAACCUUUUCAGAAAUUGUUUUAAAACUCGUGGGAUUAGGAGUCCCUUGUAUUCACAAGUGAACAAGCACGUGCGUUGGAAAAGCACUUCAAAUAUACCUUUUGAAAACAGUGGGAGCCACAGCAGUAUUUGUUCAGAUUUUUAAAAGUUUGAGUACGUUGUAUGAAGUUCUUAUGUUUGUGGUGGGCUCUGAUUUCCCUCAUCGUCUGAUCAAUAGUUCUUUCGUAUUUUUACUGCUGCUUUGAGAUUGUUUCUCUCUUACGUAGCUUAUGUACACACACGUGCAGAUAUCUUUUGUAUUAUUCAAUUUAAAAAAUCUGUGCCAGCUUUACGUAGUAUUUCAUUUUCUCCUUAAACAAUAGCUAUUUUGUUUUGAAUAUCACCAGUUAAAGUUUUCAAAGCCAAGCAGUAUUCUUGCUGCUUUUUGAGGGUGAGACGUUACAUACCUUCCAAAACAAAUUGUUGUGCUCAGAGAAGAAAAUUUCUAUAAUAGAAAAAAAAGAAAUUGAAUAAAAUGAGUAAGAGUCAUCGCCCUUCCUCUAUACUGUCCUCCCAAAGUCAACUACUUCCUUUCUUUCUGUAGUUUCUUCCUUUCUUUUCUUUGCUCAUUUUUUACAUAGAAUCGUGAUCGCACAUAUAAUUUUCUGAUUAAAUAAUAUGCAUAGUUACUGAUAUGACAAUGGUUUUAAUUUACUUUUAAAUUUAUGGUGAGGUUGCAGCUUUAUAUGUUUGCAUUUUAUUUUGUUUUAAUUAUUUGUACUCUGUUCAUUUAUCUUUGUAUUUUAACUGUUUCUUAGCCACUUUAUAAGCUUUUUAUAUAGUGAAAUAUUUUAUGUAUUUUACAUAUAUCAUAAUUAUAUCUGGAGCAUUGCAUUUCCAAAUCUAUGAUAAAUGAUCUAUAGUUAAUUGUUUACUCAGGAGCCCUUAGUGGCUUAUAAAAGUAAUUCCAUAUCAUAAUUAGAGUUGAAUUUAAUUAUUUCUAAAACUCAAGCAAUAAAUAAUACUGUUUUGCUCAACUGUAUAACAUCACAACAUAUAUAAACAUUUUACAUAAC